AUGAAUGUUCAUCCGGAUAUUUGCUUGGCGGGCUGUGUAUUGCAUAUGUUCGAUAUGGAUCGCAUGUUCACGGAUAAACUGGACCUACCAAAUAUUGUGUUGGCAAUCCGAAUGCACGGCGGGGAUAUAGAAUUUGGAGCAAAGGCCUAUGCGGAACGAGCCGGGGCGAUUACGCACGUCAUUGUCGAGUCUAUAAGGACCCAACACGCCCAUCUGGCCCUGAAAGAUCGCAAACGUCUGGUGACAAUGCAGUGGUUGGUGGAUGUGCUUAUGAAGAAGCAAAUGGAUGUGCCGUGGCGGCAUGCACAUUUACCGUCGGUGUUCACUGAUGGCUGCAGACCGCUACUAGGGAAGUUGAUUUCGUUUUCUGGCUUCGACGAAAGUGAACGGGCCGCGAUGAAGUUCAUGGUGGAGGCCAUGGGAGCGAGGUUCACACCCCGUACCUUAGCCGUCACAAUAAUAUUCUAUAUUGCUAAGACCGGUGGCGUUGAAAAAGUCGAGAAAAGGCUCGUGAAUGGGAUAUCCAGGUGGUUAAUUAUCAGUGGCUGGCUGACAACUAUGCUGGUCAAAGGGUGGAAGCUGAUAAUCAACCUUGGUCAGCCAUGUGAUGGGGUCUCGCCGGGUCCGUAUGCAUUGGAAAUGAUUAACGAUCAGUUCAAGCAGCUUCUUCUUGCUUGGAAAAUGCCGCUGAUUGUAUCCCCCGAGCAAUGGCGACGUUCGUUUGAUACUAAGCAAGCGGUCGAGAACGAUGAAGGCGUCUUCCCGAAUAAGAAGUUGCGAAUGCAGUCAGCGCCUCCAAGUGAAGCAGAAAUCGCGGCAAAAGCACAGGAGCACAAAAAGUCUGGCACCACGCAUCCUGCAUACGUGGUUGCGUAA